UAGAUCAGGAUGGAACAUGCACGUGCCAAGCCGGGUAUGAAGGUGGUUGUUGAAGAUGAAACACGGAUGGAGAAGAACGCCAAGAACGCACUGAAGCAACGGAAAUGGCAGACAAUGAGGGGCAUGGUGCAACAAGCUGAGAAGUUGUCGAAGGAGGUGCCGACGAUGGAGUUUCUGGUGGUGUUGUCGUUCGAGGGAGGGAUCAAGUUCACCGGCACCGGGUCGCUUCUCGACCAUUUCAAGAACGGUGAACCCUUGACCGACGUAAAGCCUCGUGGAGUGAGUUACACCAAGGACACACAGAAUGACGUGGUCGACUGUUUUGAACCGCCAUGCAUAGAAGUGAGCACACCAGAGGGGAGCACCGCAGGAUACCCGGACACAGAGUUGUCUGAUCUCUAUCAGAACGUCAGGCGACAACUAAUACCAGAGCAAAUGGAGCCACCUACCCAAAACGCCAACGUCGAGCCUGAAGGUUGCAGUGACCAAGCAACAUCACAUAAAAGAGCCAGACAAGUAACUCACGCCGCAAAUACCCUGGAAGAGGAAGAGGAAGAGGAACAGCCACGAAGCGUGCAGCCACCAUGACAACCAGAAAAAAGGGUCCACACCAGGGAACUGCACCGCAAGAGAACCGAUUAACCACGAGUGUUCUCAGUCUACAAGCAGGGACAUGUGUGUAUGUGGCCGUUCCUACCUCAUCAAACCGGACGGUGCCAUUUGUUGCUGAGGUGACGCAGAGAGAACCGUUAAAUGUGAAGUAUCUUCAUCCAAGUAAGACGAGGGGAUCCUGGCAUUUCCCUGACAAGGAAGACACAGGUGCAAUCAAUACAGAAGACAUCAUUACAGUGUUGGCGGCACUCCAAACUAGGAUAUCAGGGUCCCGUUUCUAUGCGGAGUUCAGGGACCUGCCCUGAAGACCUGUCGCGUUUCUUCUGUGUGAGUGGUCUCAUGGUUCUGUUGCCAGUGAUAUGCGUGCGUGCGUGUGUAUGUUUCCAGUUGUAAAUGUACAUAUGAGUGUGUACAUAUGAUGUGUUUAUUUCUAAUACCUAUAUUUAUUUAUUGCGUGUGGUUUCUUUCAUGGUUAUAUAUUUCUAUAUUCGUGUGUGUGUGUGUGUGGUUUGUAUAUAUUUGUAUGACAGUGCUCAUAAUAUAUAUAAAGAUAUAACUGAA